AUGAUCAAGGACACACCCCCAAUGCCCAACUGGAAGCACCUCUCAGUAGCAGUUGUCGGAGGUGGCAUCGGCGGCAUGUCCGUCGCCAUCGCUCUCCGCCGCGCUGGCCACUCAGUCACAAUUUACGAACGCUCCGACUUUGCAGGUGAAGUCGGUGCAUCUGUAUCUUGCGCCGCAAACGGAACUCGCUGGCUGCACGAGUGGGACGUUGACGUCGCAAAGGGUGAUCCCGUCGUUCUCAAGAAGCUCAUCAACCGCGACUGGAAGACCGGCGAGCCCGUCAGUGUCUAUGAUUUGGACGACUAUGAGAAGCGUUGGGGUUUUGUUUACAACAUGUUUCAUCGUCAGUAUAUGCAUGCUAUGCUCAAGGAUACUGCUAUGGGCGAGGACGGAGAGGGUGAGCCUGUGAAGCUUCUUGUUAAGCACAAGUGCACUUCUAUCGAUAUUCCCAACGGAACUAUUACUUUCGAUAACGGCCUUUCCGUCAAGCAUGACUUGAUUAUUGGUGCUGAUGGUAUCGGUUCCGUUGUUCGAGGAAUCUUGGGUAUUCACCCCGAGAAGAAGCCUUCUGACCAGAGCUGUCUUCACUGCAACGUCACCACCGAAGAGGCUGUCAAGGCUGGUCUCGUUGAUUACUCUCAGAACAGCGCUCUCGAGUACUGGGGCGGCCAAGAAGGCAAGUGGGAUAAGAUUGUCUUGUCCCCUUGCAACGGCGGCAAGCUUCUCUCAUACUACUGCUUCUUCCCCCGCGAACAGGGCGAUUACACCACACAAGCAUGGGGCUCCGACAGUCUUCCCGUCGAGGAUCUCCUACAACCCUACCCCCAACUGGACAGCCAAGUUCUGGGCCAUCUCGCUAUCGGAAAGGAGAUUCAGCCUUGGAGACUCUGGGUUCACCAGCCUUAUCCUUAUAUCCACAAGGGCAACGUCUGUCUCUUGGGUGAUGCCGGUCAUCCCAUGAUGCCUCAUCAGUCUCAAGGUGCAUGCAUGGCCAUUGAAGAUGCCGCCGCUCUUGGAAUCCUCUUCAGCAAGCGAUACUUUAACGGCGACAUUGCCCAGUCUCUUUCAGUCUAUGAAAAGGUCCGUCUACCACGUGCUACACGUGUUCAGGCUGCUGCUGCCAAGGCUGCAUACAACAUCAACGAGAGAAUUGGAUUCUCGGUGAACAAGGAUGUUUCCACAUACAAGGUUGAGAAUGAGAAGGAGGUUUUGACGAUCGAGGAGAUGAACACAUAUGAUAUGUAUAAGGAUAUCGAGGAGAAGCUGGCCAAGGCGAAGGGUGACAAGUACGAUGGGUUCGUCAAUGGCUUGCCUGUGGGAUUGGUGCUGCCUAACGGUGUUACUAUUGGGGCUUAA